AUGGGCGGGGUACCUUCUCUCUUGUCUUUUCAUGUGUCGUUACCCUCACACUUUGCGUCUUCUUCAGCACUCCACCUCAACGUACCACCCGAGUCUCACAGUAACAGCCUUCGGCUUCAGUUUCUCGACAAGGCGAAAUGGGUCGUCUACGGAAUCUUCGCGCCUGAGGUGGUUGUGGCUACAGCAGCAGCGCAGUUCAUUGUCGCUACCUGGCUGAAGGGGCAAAUCGAAAUUGAUGUCAAGAGUCGGGGUGGUAACGGGCAAGUCUGGGAUAUUGGGCAGUGCUUCUUUGCCGUUAUGGGCGGCUUUGUGGCUGAUCUCCCUGAGUCUGCUGGGAUGGAUGUCGAUGGAAAGCCGAGGCGAGUGACUGUUACCGCUGAGGGUAUCAGACUGUUGUCGUUCUUGGGGGAUCUGCCUACUAUUCAAGAGUCCCAGAUUAGGGAUAAGAGCAAGGCAGAUUGGCUGGCAAAAAGCAUUGUUUGUUUCCAGGCUGGGUGGAUGGUGAUUCAGGUGAUCGGUCGAGCAGCAAAGCAUCUGCCAAUAUCUUUAUUGGAGAUCAACACCUGCGGGCAUGUUGCUUGUGCGCUGGGUAUCUACCUGCUGUGGUGGCACAAGCCCUUGGAUAUUCUGGUGCCGACGUUGCUCCCAGUUGAUGAGAGAAGGAGCGAGGCGCUGGCGCUCAUGCACCUCUGCUCGCCAGAGACAAGUGGCGUGGAUGAGCACGGAAUCAUGGACAUCAGGUGCUUUGUGCAUGUGGUGGAAGACGAAGAUGACGAAAGGAUUUGGAGACUGCCAGAGAGUUAUCCAUCGCCAGCACUUUCCUCGCCAGAUCAAACACCCGCACUUGCCUUGCAGACUUCCCGUCAAGAGCUGUCAGAACUGAGGACUCACCUCUCCAUCGGGUCACCUGGCUCCAGGAACCCAGCUGCCUUCCUCGGCUUUGGUCAGCUCUGGUCCGAAACCGACACGGCCACAGCUGAGAGCAAGAGACCACAAAAUGCAAGAAACACCAGUUAUCGCUACCAAUUCAACCUGAACGCACCCCUGGUCUCCCCUCAAUGCCUCGAUUACUUCAAGCCGCCAUACGACACCUUCUCCAUGCGACACAGCCGCUACUGCCGCCGUGGCUUCCCCGACGCUCAAAAACCUCCCUCCUCCACCGAUCCUACCGCGCAAACUCGACCAUUAAUCCCCCCUCCCCUCCUCCAAACCGCCUCCCACGCCGCCGACCGCCUGCGUACCCUCUGCUCCUCCCGUCCCGACUACCAGCCCUACUACUUCACCCUCGGCUUCGGCCCCAAACUAGCCCACUUCUUCGGCGAGGCAGAUUACCUCGCCCCUCACAUAGUCAACUUCCCCUCUCUCCAUAAGCUCUCCCUCGGCCAAGUCAACAUCCACCGUGACCGCCUCCGUGCCGUACUCGCUGCCACAGCCGCAGCUUAUGGAGCGCUGCAUUGCUCAGCGGGCUUCAACAAUUUCGAGACGUUUAGCUUUGUUGCAGAGGCAGAGAGGAUACUGUGGAUUGUUUCUGCGUUGACGAUAACGGCUUCGGGUGUGGUGUUGUGGGGUUUUUUCUCUGCGAGACAGUGCUGGCCUGGGUUUGAUGGGUGGGUUUCGGGGGUUAAUCCUUCUAUGCCGAUUACUUUGACGGGGAAAGAUGGCAAGGGGCGGGGGAAACUGGUGAGGUGGGGACAGAGGUUGGGGGUGUAUGUGGUUUUGGGGGCUUUUGUGGUUGCGAGGGUGUAUUUGGUUGUGGAGGCUUUUGUGAGUUUGAGGGGGGCGCCGAGGGGGUUGUAUGAGACGGUGGAGUGGACGGAGUUUUUGCCGCAUUUAUAA